AUGACCUCAUCAGUUACCUCCCUUGAUGAGCAGGGCCCGAUAACCUGGCUAAUACAGUCGUUUACGGUCAGCCACGAUGUCAAAUCCUCAGGGCCAUCGCAGCUGGUGCUUGAUCGUGCUAACUCCGAGUUUGGACUUGUGUACCAGACCGAGCCUGGUGUUGCCGUGAUGGCACAGUUUCCGGAUACCGAGGAGCCAGUCUUCUUCCAGGUAUCUAAAGCGCGUGCAGUCUGCACUCGUUUCAAUAACUCAUGCAAGAAAGUUUGUAUACUCAUGCCACACAUGCAAAUCGACCUGUACUUCACGACUAGUGCGGACGCCGGGGACUUUGUACACGCGCUUGGGCGGAUUGCCACCAUGGUUGGCAAUUCUUACUUUGAAGUACAUGAAGCUGCUUCCAAUGCUGCACUGGCCCGUACCGACUUCAACAUGGAGAAGGAGGGCUAUACCAACCAGAAAUGUCAGUUGUGGGUAGCAGCUCCGAACGAGAACACAUCAGAAUGGGCCCGUAUCUACAAGACUGGAAAAUGUACCGACUUCACCAUCAUCGCUGCCGGUAGGGUAUUUCAAGCUCAUCGCGUCUUGCUCUGCACACGAUCGCUGUACUUCAACGCGGUUUGCGAUGGAUGCUUCACAGUAAGAGACCUCCCUGCUAACGUUCUGAAGGAAACCAGCCAACGCUCUAUCACACUGCCUGAGGACAGCCAGACCGUGAGCACAAUGCUCAAGGAGAUAUAUGGAGUGUCCAACCCGACUACGGGAUCAAUCUUCAGCAAUUUUGCGCUCAGAAACGGAUUUGAGAAAGAUUGUAUCAUGCGCAAUUUGCUGGCCCUCUUCAUCGCAUGCGACAAGUAUAACCUCGAAUCAAUCAAGCAGAAAGUCUCCAAGACAAUCAUUGACCGCAUUCCCUUCAUUCACAAUCCUCUGACUAUUGUCUAUCUGGCUGCAGAGAUCUAUGACGAUGCCGGCCCAGAAUUGGAUCAUGGUCUCCGCAACGCAAUCAUCCUGCAGCUGCACAUUCGCCUGCCAGCCAUCAUGGAAGACAAGGAUGCCUGGAACUAUUACUCGGAGAAUAAGGCUGUACUGAAAGCACUGCAUUCGUACCAGUGCGGGAUGCAAGAUAUAAUGAGAUCUUCGGGGAUCUUUACUCCCCCCGCGAGUCCACACAAAAACACCUGUUCAAUGGCCCCCGAUGUAGCCUCCAUGACAUCGACGCCCACCACCCCCGCACUCAAGAACUCACAGAAACCGCCUACGGGCCCCAACGUCCUCGAGGUUGUGCUCGGCUCGCUGCUGAUCAAGCCAUGGUACCCGUCUUUUUACCCAGAAGAGCUUGUGGGAAGACGCGUCGAACGGCUCUAUGUGUGCCAGUGGUGCUUCAAGUAUAGCAAGGAACUCGUUGGCUUCUUGGGCCAUCUGAAAGCAUGUCCCCUUCGCAACACUCCACCACCGGGCAUUAACGUCUACACAAAAGACAACUAUUCCCUGUACGAGAUCGAUGGCGAGAAGAAUAAGCUUUAUGCGCAGAACCUAUCGCUCUUUGCGAAGCUCUUCCUCGACACCAAAUCGGUCUUCUACGACGUCACGACCUUCUUGUACUAUCUUCUAGUUGCGCACAAUCCCACACCUAGCAUACCGAACACCAGUCUUGACGAAGAGACUCCGUCAGGUGGAGUCGGCGCGCAGGGACAGGUCGUGGGCUUCUUCAGCAAGGAGAAGAUGAGUUGGGACAACAAUAACCUAGCAUGUAUAUUAGUCUUCCCACCAUGGCAGAAGCAAGGAUUGGGCCAGCUAUUGAUGGGCGCAAGCUACGAAAUGAGUAGGCGAGAAGAGAGGUUGGGUGGUCCUGAGAAGCCGCUGUCCGAUCUCGGUCGCAUUGCUUACAACCACUAUUGGUCACAAACACUUGCUCGUACCCUCCUCUCAUGUCCGUCCAAGAAGACACUCACCGUGCAAGAACUUCGCGAAAAGACAUACAUUGUACCUGAGGACAUCAUUGCAACCUUGCAGAUGAUGGACGUCCUCGAACAGAAGAAGAAGGGCGGCGCAGACGCUGUAAUCAACAAGGCAAAAGUCAGAGCAUGGGCAGAUAAGCAUAAGGUAGAUGUUAAAAGCUGCCCGGUGGACCCUGAUGCGUUCAUUGCACGGGAAGUAAGCAGGGGUGGCAGUGAAGAGUCUUGA